UUGGUAACUCCACAAUUUUUAAGCCCAGUGGGCAGUUCACUCGUUGUUUCACAAUUUCUCACCUCGACUCUCGUUUGCGAAAUAGAACAACGCCGAUUUGAAGGACGUCGUGUGCUUGUUGUGUCCCGGAACACGAUCAGUCGUAAUGUUACCGUGGCUAUUGCCUAUCUGACCAAAUACGGUGGAAUGUCACUCAAGGACUCGUGGAAACAUGUGAAGAGUGCGUGCAUGCCGAUGCAACCGAGCUGGGAAUUUAUGGAAAUGUUGUCGGAAUUCGAAGCUCAGUGCAACGGGAAAGACACUCGCACACUACUGACGGAAGAAGAAUUCUACGGGAAACGGAUGAGACAAUUUUGCCCCCAAAGUCAGGAAAGAUUACCGAAAGUGAAACCAUGA